UAUGGGGCUUGAAGUGCCUAGCAUGUUGCCAAGGAGCUGAGUAUCAACACAACUAAUCAAAACAACUACCGCACGGUAAAAUAUUGAAAAUGUCUCAGUUUCUAGGUCGCCGGGACUGUAUAGAAAGUCUCCAGAAAGAUCUCGCCGACAUCCAAGUUGCCAUUCUGGACGUACUUUCAACAACAGAUCAGGUGUGCUUUUACUCGUGGAAAUUCCCGCACAAAACGUCGAGUAAUCUGGAUUUGGAGCUGGAGCAAUAUGAUUAUAUGGACGGAGAGCACGAAUUUAACCAGCACUCUCACGUCGUUUUACUCGAGCUGGUGAUAGACAGAUUAUUACUUCUUCUUCAAGCCUCCAGUGCGUUUGUUGAGCAACUGAACACAAACAAGAAGCAGCAACAACACCAUGAGAAAGACAGCAUGUCAAUUGGUCUUGUUGUCAAAAAAUACUGGAGACAUUUAGUUGAGUGUGCAAACAUGAAGCUGGUGUGCAUGGAAAAUGAGUUUAAAACAGAUAUGUUGGAUUGUGAUGAAUGUGCAACUUCCAUCUCGUCACAAACGCACUUACGGAAUGACAGCAGCAUCCAUGACUUCUCUGCCUGGUCUUCAACAAGCUCCAUCAAGUUUUUGCCAGAGGACGAAGCACCCUCUAGCAUUAUUCACAGCGUCCACGACAAUCUCCAAGUGGACACCUGCUAUGGAAACUCCCAGACUGUUGAAUCAGCCUCUUCUCCCUGCAGUUCAUGUCAUGAAGUGCAGUUUACUAUUAAAAAGACAGGAAAUGCAUUGGUAGAACUUCUUCGAGGUGAGGGCCUGCCAUCCUCUUUACAGCAACUCUUAGUUGCUGUGGAGGACACCAUGGACAUGGGGCAAAUGUCAUCAAGUGAUGUUGCUCAGUGGGCCAACGAGCAGCUGAGAGAUAUGCGACGACUUGCAAAACAUGUACAGGAUGUCCGAAAUACAGUAGAUCCUCUUACAGACAAACUAGCAGCGGCAAAAGCAGAGCAGGACAAAUUACGACAUGACAUGGAAAGUGCAGAAAAGGAACUAAAGGGAGAAGAGGAAAAACAUAAAUCCACAGUUCUUCAGAUGGAACUUUUGUUGAAGCAAGCACAGGCGACCACGAAAGAAACAGAGGAAAGGUUAUCAGAGGAGUAUCAGCAACUUAGGACAGAAUAUUCAUCCCUGAAGAAAUGCAAUUCCAGUCUGCAAGAAAAAAUAACAAUACAGCAAGAUGGACUGCAAUCUCUUGUGUGUGAAAGAAAUGCUCUCCAGGAGAAAUUAAAGAUGUUGCACAUAGACAGAAAGGUAUGUUCAGAACUACAGCAGAGGAUCCAGCAGUUAGAAAGUCAAAUCUCUGUAACUGAACUACUCCUGGAGAAAGAGAAGGCCAAAUACCACAGUGCAUGUCAUCACCAGGAGUCAAUGGAAACAAAGCAAACAUCUUUGCUGCAGAGACUUCAUGCUGUCGAUGAAGAAUGCGAGGACCUGCAGAGGCAGUUGGGACAGAGGGAGGAAAGUGAGCUCAACCUCCACAAUCAACUUCAACAGAUGUCAGAGGAUAAUGAACAACUUCAGGGUAUUCGUUCACAGCUCCAAAGUGAGAAGCAGGCACUAGAAACACACUUAGACGGGUUCAAAGCCACUGUGACGGACCUGAAGGAACGUGUGAAAUCCUUUCAGGAGAGGGAGAGGUUGCUGGUGGCUUUCCCUGAGCUCAGCCCCCUGGCUCACACCCAACCACAGAGUACAGGGAACGUGCUUUUGGAUAUGGAGCAACAGAGACAGGCAAACAGCAUACGCAUUCGAAUCCUAGAGAAGGAGAAUGCUACUCUUCACAGCAGCCUGGUGAAAUUGAGGGAGAGAGCACAAGACAAUGCUGUUAAGGACAGCUCACCUCUGCAGACAUGUAGCCACUCUUUGGCUAGCACACUCGUGGAAAAACCACACCACCUUACACAGAUGCUAAGUAGUCCAUUCAGCAGGCAGACCAGCAGUGCUUCAUCGAUAGGAUAUAGUGACAGAGGAGGUAGCACAAGAGGCGCCUAUGGAAGGGAGUCGACUCAUGCAGCAGAUCGUGUCACUCCCUCCUGUGUGACCCUUCAAAACCUCCACCUUAACAUCAGGUCCACAGAUUUGGCACAAAAUAGCUCUUAUUUACUUCAAACCAGGAGGAUGAAACAGAAAAAGAAAUUAAAAUAAAUGGACCUUGAGACGAAACAAGACUCAGACAACAGAAAUGAAUCUCCUCCUGCUGUGCAGGGAGCCUCUCCACCUCAUCCAUUCAUCUUCUUCUACUUAGGUCAGGUCGCAGGGCAGCAGCCUAAGCAGAGAAGCACAGACUUGGCUGUUUCGUCCAGAUCCUCUCUGCCGAUUCUGUGACGUUCCCAGGCCUUUUGAGAGACGUCGUCUUUCCAACAUAUCCUGGGUCUUCCUCAAGGUCUCCUCCCAGUCGAAAGUGCCAUGAGCCCAGGGGGGCAUAUGAGAGUCAUCCUUAUCAGAUGAACCACCUCAUCUGGCAAUGGCUCUACUCUGAGUUUCUCCUGGAGGACAGUGCUUCUCACCUUGAGUUGUUAUUACAUCUUGUGUAAAUAUGACGUGUAAAUUGUAAUAUGUAAAUGACUUCACUGGAAUUAUUAAAUG